UUUACAAUUAUAGUCCAAGAGUAAACUGGCUUGAAUUAUCAUAUGUGUACACAGCUUAGCAAAUAAAAAGUAUUUAUAUGUUGCCUACAUUUGCAAAACAUUUACAAUGAAAAAGUCAGUAGUGUAAAUUUCCAUGAUGAGUUGCUUCACAGUAUGAACGGAAGGAAGAAAGGUUAUAUAAACAGUUUUAUCUUGAUGAGAAAACCACUCUGCAUCUCCGCCCCGGAUCACACCCACCAUGCCUCCAGCCUCAAAACCCAAACUAACAAGAUGACACACAGACUGAACAUUUACCCGAUGAAGAAGUGCCCACUUAUAGAAGAUCACAACUUAGAUAUUUAAUCACAAUAAAAAGAAAACUCUUGCUGAAAACAUGAGAUUACUUUGAGGAGACUCUGGCAGGAUGUCUCAUACAUGUAAGGAUAUAAUGGAGCUUACUCCAUUCAUCCCUCCACUGGCUCUCCACGGCUUCUCUAUGGAAAACAGUGGAGCACACUACAAGGAUGCACUACGACUGAGACUGCCCCUCCACCUGGACGCAUAUCUGGACCCAGUGCACGGCCAGAGGUUACCCUACAGACGGCUAACUUAUUUCCCUUUCCACGUCCCCUUUGGUGUGUGUGAUUAUUCCUUUGAACCUGCUUUUAUCCGGAAAAGGAACGAAAGGGAGCGGCACCGAGUGCGCUGCGUAAACGAAGGUUACGCACGACUCAGAGAGCAUCUGCCGCAGGAGUUUGAGGACAAGCGGCUCAGCAAAGUGGAGACCCUGCGCGCUGCUAUCGACUAUAUCAAACACCUGCAGAGUCUGCUGGACUUAAACGUGUCCGGGAUGGAGAUGCCACUCGUUGGAGACGCGCGUAACCGUGCGUCGCUGCCGCAGAGGACAGAGUGCAACAGUGAUGGAGAAUCCAAAACUGGCCUCAACGAAAGGGAGGAAAUUGUUUACUGAUAUUAAGUGUAUCUCUUUCUGUGAUCUGCUGUACAUUAUUUAAAAUUUGGAGAAAGUAAAGCAUGCCAAAUGGAAACAAUUCACUAUCUGAUUGUAUUCGGUCUGCAUUAAUCAACAUCCUUUGUUUACAUUUGGGGGGGUUCAGUAUAGGACAAACAACCAUCAAAAAAAGCUGUUGAUUUCAGAUUAAAAUAUCCUUGAUUCAUUUU